AUGGUUGACGGAAAUCGCACAUCUCUGAUGAAACGGCAACAAAAAGAAGCACGACAACUUGUUGCCGCUGAAAUUAUCAUCUGGGAUGAGAUUUCUAUGACUCCGAAGUGCGCUCUUGAAGCCGUCGAUGGUUUGCUGCGUGAUAUCACGCAGAACGAAAGGCCAUUCGGCGGUAAAUUAUUCAUCAUAGGAGGCGAUUUCCGACAAGUGUUGCCCAUAGUAGAGCACGGACAGCGAGAAGACUUUGUGGAUUCAUGCGUGACAAAGUCUGUUCUAUGGCCAGUUUUCAAGAUUCACCGGCUUCAACUUAAUAUGAGAGCUCGAGAAGCUGAACUUGAAUGGGCCAAUUUCCUCCUGGACAUAGGCAAUGGCAAUGCUAACGAUGACGAAGGACGCGUUCAAAUUUUGGAGGAAUUACGGUGUCAAGGAAGUGUCGUUACGGAGAUUUUCGGCGAGACUAUUAGUGCAGGUGAUGCGGACCUUUAUGAACGGGGUAUUUUGGCUCAUACAAACAUCAGUGUAAGGCAACUGAAUAAUGAAGCCUUAGAACGGCUAUGCACAUGCGCUCCACAAGAUGUGCGUGUUUACAAAAGCGUCGACGAAGCAUUGUAUCACGAAGGAAGCUCAGAUGAGUUGUACCCGAUGGAGUAUCUAAACACGUUAGAACCUACGGGAAUGCCACCUCACGAGCUACGACUGAAGAAAGGUGCUAUUGUCAUGCUUCUCCGCAAUAUCGAUGUCGUCAAUGGUCUCUGCAACGGGACGCGACUAAGAAUAGAGACCCUCGGGCGCUAUGACUAUCAAUAA